AUGUUGACGCAAAUGGAGGAUGGUUUUGUGGAAGAGGAAUUGGAUUCGGUUCCCCUCUCGGGACAACAUCAUUUUCUCGAAGAAGAGGCAGAAAACUUGAACGAUUAUGGAGGAAUGGAUCCAGCACUUUAUGAGGCGAUCGUUGAAUUCAAGAAAUUCAAUCACUAUCCGCGCAUUCCACAAAGCAUGGAUUCUCGCGGAGCUCGCACAGCCAACUGUCAUUGGAGACUAAAGUGUAAUCGUUUCCUCGUCUCCGAAGCUGACAAUGAAACCCUCUUGUAUUACAAUCCAAAUAACACAACAGAGGAGCCAAAAGUGGUAGUAAAGAAAGGCGAAGUGAAGAGAGUGAUCGAAAGAAUUCAUGAAUUGAUUGGACAUCUUGGAAUGAAAAGAACUCAAUAUUCCAUAAUGCGAAAACUCUAUUGGCGAUCGGUGAGGCAAGAUGUGCGAAAUCUCGUCAAUAAUUGCCAAUUCUGCGUCUCAAAGAAAGUGGAGGGGAAGAAAAUCAUGAAAGCUCCUGUUGAUAUUAUGAGUGAAGAUUUCGAUUUGAAUAUCGUUUACAGAAGCACUCGUGAUUUAGAAGAAAAUGGUGGAGAGAGACUGCUCUUCUCUUUGAAAGGAAUUGAUGAGGAAGAAGUGCGAUUAGCAGCUGUGCAAAGGAUGACUACUUACACUUUCAAAGAGACAACCACAGAUAGACCACCGCGGAUGCAAUCAUCGACUUUCCGACGACAACCUUAUGUAAGAAAAUCUCGUUUCUCGCCCAGCGCCACUGGAUUUUUGCUUCCUUUCAAUGGACCUGGCGAAUAUUCAAAGAAAGAAAAUAAUUUCAUCGAGGUCUAUCCAAGCGAAAUCAUUGCAGAAAAUGAUUAUGAAAGCAUUGUGGCAGAGGGUUUAGUUCCGAGUGGAGCUCUUGAAGAGGAAGUUGUCGAAGAAGUUGUUGAAGCUGAGGAAGUUGAAUAUGUUCAACAUCGGGAAACUUGGCAAGAGGCGGGUCCAUCAAAUGUUGAUAAACCAAUGAUGGAGUCACGAAUGCAAAGAGAGAUCGAAUCGAUCAGUCCUGAGCAUAUCAUUGGACAGUAUCUUCAAAUGGAUUCUUCAAGAAAAAUCUCUCAUCAACCGUCAAGAACAUUAACGUUAAAUAGAAAUCGAAAUAAAUUCAGUACUCAUGUGUUGGGAGCUGGUGGUCGUUUUUCGGGAUCUCUUACCGCACCUGAAAAACUCAUUUUUGAUGCCGGUCAUUUGGUGAAUAGUUACGAAGAGACGACACAACGAGUUGAGCUAUGUCCACUGGCACCCAUCAUGUUUCUGCCAAGUACAGAUAGUGAUGUCAUCAUUUUACAAAAAGAGCUUCUAGAACGGCAGAGGAAAAUCCAGCUAAUGCAACAAGAGAUUCUCCAAGCUCAACUUGAUGCCCUCCAUUCU